GCGGCGGCGGCGGCGACGGCGACGGCGGUGGCUUCGCCUGCGCCUGUGGGUGGUAGAAAAUGGCGGAUUUUGAGGAUUUGCGGAAUAUGGUUUCUAGUUUUCGGGUUUCUGAGCUACAAGUAUUGUUAGGCUUUGCUGGACGUAAUAAAAGUGGACGCAAGCAUGACCUCCUGAUGAGGGCUUUGCAUUUAUUGAAGAGUGGCUGUAGCCCAGCAGUUCAGAUUAAAAUCAGAGAACUUUAUAGACGGCGUUACCCGCGGACAAUUGAAGGUCUUUCUGAUUUGUCCUCGAUAAAACCUUCAGUUUUCAAUUUGGACAGUAGUUCAUCACCUGUGGAACCCGACUUGACUGUUGCUGGAAUCCACUCAUUGCCUUCUACUUCGGUCACACCUCAGUCUCCUUCCUCUCCUGUUGGUUCAGUGCUUCUCCAAGAUACUAAGCCUUCAUUUGAGAUGCAGCAGCCAUCUCCCCCAAUUCCUCCAGUCCACCCUGAUGUUCAACUGAAAAGCCUUCCCUUCUAUGAUGUUCUUGAUGUUCUUAUCAAACCUACAAGUUUAGUUCAGAGCAGUAUUCAGAGAUUUCAAGAGAAGUUUUUUAUUUUUGCAUUGACACCUCAACAAGUAAGAGAAAUAUGCAUUUCCAGGGAUUUUUUGCCAGGUGGUAGAAGAGAUUACACUGUCCAAGUACAACUAAGAUUGUGCCUAGCAGAGACUAGCUGUCCUCAAGAGGAUAAUUAUCCCAAUAGUCUGUGCAUAAAAGUAAAUGGGAAGCUGUUUCCGUUGCCAGGAUAUGCACCACCUCCCAAAAAUGGAAUUGAACAGAAACGCCAGGGGCGCCCCUUAAAUAUUACAUCUCUAGUUAGGUUAUCUUCUGCUGUGCCAAACCAGAUUUCCAUUUCAUGGGCAUCUGAAAUUGGAAAGAAUUACUCCAUGUCUGUGUAUCUUGUGAGACAGCUGACAUCAGCCAUGUUGUUACAGAGAUUAAAAAUGAAAGGUAUUCGAAACCCUGAUCAUUCCAGAGCACUAAUUAAAGAGAAGCUCACUGCAGAUCCUGACAGUGAAAUUGCUACGACCAGUCUUCGGGUAUCGCUGAUGUGUCCUUUAGGAAAAAUGAGGCUGACGAUUCCAUGUCGUGCAGUGACAUGCACUCAUCUGCAAUGUUUUGAUGCUGCUCUUUACCUGCAAAUGAAUGAAAAGAAGCCUACCUGGAUUUGUCCUGUGUGUGACAAAAAAGCUGCCUAUGAAAGUCUAAUACUGGAUGGGCUCUUCAUGGAAAUUCUCAAUGAGUGUUCUGAUGUGGAUGAGAUUAAAUUCCAAGAAGAUGGUUCUUGGUGCCCUAUGAGACCGAAGAAAGAAGCACUUAAAGUUUCAAGUCCACAGUGUACAAAAAUAGAAAGUUCAAGUGUCCUCAGUAAACCCUGUUCCGUGACCAUGGCCAAUGAGACAAGCAAGAAGAAAGUAGAUGUUAUUGACCUAACAGUAGAGAGCUCUUCUGAUGAUGAUGAAGAACCUCCUGCCAAAAGGAAAUGCAUAUUUAUGGCGGAGACACAAAACAGCCCAACCAAAGGGGUUCUCAUGUACCAGCCAUCUACUGUCAGGGUGCCCAAUGUGACUUCGGAUGCUGCUAUUCCACCUUCAUUAACAGAUUACUCAGUGCCAUUCCACCACACUCCAAUAUCAAGUAUUUCCUCAGAUUUGCCAGGUUUGGAUUUUCUUUCCCUAAUUCCAGUUGAUCCACAGCAGUACUGUCCUCCUAUGUUUUUGGAUAGUCUGUCCUCAACCCUGUCAACAAGCAGCACAGCUGGAAACAUCAUCACAUCCACAAGCCCCCAGGAAAGCAACACUCAUGUGACUUCAUCAGGCAGGAGUGAAACUGGGGUGAUAACCAGCAGUGGGAACAACAUUCCAGACAUAAUCUCCUUGGACUAAAAUGGACUCAUUGGACUACAGGAAUAAUUAGCCAGUGCUGCCCUUUCUUGCAUCUCUGGUCCAUGGCAUUUAUUUUAUUGCCAGUUAGUUUGAUAUUUAUUGAAAAGACAAAUGGAUUCUGUUACCUUCUGAAAAUGGAAGAAAAGAGAUUACGUGCAGCAAGAAGUACAUUUAGCUUUGAAGGAUUUUUUUUUUCUUUUUCAUAAAAUACUCUGAGUAUCAAAUAUAUUCAGCCACGUCACCAUCUUUUAAAAAAUAAUUUGUUUCUUAUGUUGCUGGAUGGAUUCUACAAACUGGUUAAAAGUAAGUUUUUGGUUGUAAUACACAGCAAUAAAAUUAUGUAAAUAGUCAAACUUUUUUUUUCUAAUAAAAGGCAAUUAACUAAUAGAAAAAAGUAUGCUCACACAUUCUGUGUGAGAGUCUGCUUUGCUGAAUGAGUACUUUUCACAGAUCUAUCAAACUAUGACAAUAAGGAAUUCUUCUGAAAUGAUCCUGGCUUACUUUAUGUCUAUGCUGUUAUGACUCUUCUUUUUCUGUUGCCCGUCAAAGGGAAAUGACUCAUUUCCCCCCAGAUUGUCAUUUACACUGUAAUAUUGCUGAUAAGAAUGCAAAAUGAAAUUCUGGUAUUUGGAUGUUUUUUAUUAUAUAGAAAGCUCACUAUGCAAAUUCUGCCCCAGGCAUAAUAUGUUUAAUGUUGGUGGAUGUACAUUCCUGGUACCUCAUGCCACAUAUUGGGAGUUUUACUUGUUUUUUCAAAAAGGAAAUACUAGCUAUUGACUGAAAACAGUCCAGCCACAACUUUGUGGGAUGGGGUGGAGGACUUGGGUAAUAUUGAUUGAAUGGUAAACUAAGAAGUUUUCCCUUUGUGACAAGUUUGAAGAGUAGCAGGGAUAUUGGGGAGGAGUUGAGAAUAAGAAAUCUUAAUUUGUUUGCAAAAGCUUUAUUUUUCUCUUUCAUUUUAUGGUAUAGGAUACAAACACCCUGAUCACAUUGUAGUGCUCAAGAAGGUUAAACUAGCACUGAAACCUUUGAGAGCCUCCGGCCACAUUUUUUUUUUCUGGCCCAAAGAAGCCAGUUUCCUGUAGGAUUUGUUUUCUUUGUCUAGUUUAAAAUAAUUCAGAAAACUUGGUUUUUCUACUUGCUAAAUUUGGUACCCAUAACCUUUAAUUAACUUUCUUUGGAAACAACAUUGUGUUCUUUUCUUAAUUUAAUUAACUUGAACAAUUUGUUGGUUCUCAAGGAUUUCAGUUACUUCAAUACUACUCUUUAGUUUGUGUAUUAUUCUUUUCCAAGAUGCAGUCGUUUCACAUAGCUUUGAAUCUAAAUCUCUUCACUGACUGCCAUGCAAUUGACUAAUCUUUUUGUAAAACUGAGGUGCCUUGCUGAGUACUUGUGGACUCUUGGCAUGUUUUAACCAAUGUCAGAGGGAGAAGGGAGAGCUACUUCCCAGUCUGUAAAAUAGUCAGCUGUAUAUGAAUGACUAUGGGUCGUAAGGUCGUAGAUCCAUAGCUAACAGGGGCCAUCUAGUUCAACUUCCUCCUAGGUUUAUGGAUGUGGAAACUGAGUCCCAGGGAGAUUCUAAGUGACUAAUCCAAGGUUCCAGAAAAUUGCUACUGUCCCUGAUUGGUUUUUGCACCUUACCAAGUAUUCUUUGCUUGUGGGUUUUGCUUAAUUUCUCUUGUGGACUAUAUUGAGUUUGUACAGACUUAAAUUUCAGAUAGCUUAUUAGAUUUCUUCAGGCCUUCAACUAGGUGGAAAACACCAUAUGACCUCUUGGGGAUGGUUAUUGAAGAUGGAAAUAAAAUGAAGCAGACACCAAUUGUUAUUCACAACUUCUUUUUCAUUACUAUUUAUCGUGCUCCUUUAGCAGGUUUCCCAUUCAUGUGACAGUCCUGUUUCAAAACAAACUAAUAUUGCUUUUCCAAGAAGCCUUUUUGUGGCACCAUGCCAGAUGCUUCAGUUACUACAGCUGCAUUGUCUGUCUGCUAACUUUGUAAUCAGAUAGUAGUAGUAUCACAGUUUGUCUGACAUAAUUUGUUUAA